CUCGGUGCCAAGAUGAUGGUAGAUGGGAUCCUCCUGUCCCUGUCUGUGAAAGAAUGCCUCAGUGUCCCUCUCCUCCAGCCAUCGCCAACGGGAAGCCUAGCAUCCAGGCCUCGGCUGUGUUCAACAGUGGAACGUCUGUAAAUUACAGCUGUGAGCCCGGCUAUUCCCUUACUGGGCAGGCAUCUAUUUAUUGUACGGCAUCAGGAGUGUGGAGCCCUCCCCCUCCUCGGUGUGAAGAGGUUCUCUGCAUCGCCCCAGAAAUCCAGAAUGGAAGAAAGGUAGCUGGACAUGGACCUGUCUAUCGACACAGGGACACUGUUAGGUUUGAAUGUGAUCCUGGCUACACCCUGAUUGGCAGCCGUCAGAUUCAGUGCCAAGAUGAUAGAACCUGGGAUCCUCCUGUUCCAGUCUGCAUACAGACGUUGCCGUGUCCCCCACCUCCAGUCAUUGUCAAAGGGAAGCACAAUGCCAAGCCACUGGCAGCUUUCCCCAGUGGAACAUAUGUGAACUACAGCUGUGAACCCGACUACACCCUCCGUGGAGAGGCUUCGAUCUAUUGUACCACAUCUGGAACGUGGAGCCACCCUUCUCCUCUAUGUGAAGAGGGCUGUGGUGUCCCAACGAGGUUAAGCUUUGCUGAGCUGAAGAGCGAGUAUAAAAAUCAAUCUUCCUUUCCUGUUGGGAAGACUAUAAACUAUACUUGCCGGCCUGGAUACAGUAGACACCCGCGGAUGCAAUCCACUCUUACAUGCCUUGAAAAUCGAACGUGGUCAGAAGCAUUUGCGUUCUGUAAAAAGAAAUCAUGCGGUCAUCCAGGAGAGCCAGAGAAUGGCAAAGUUAUUGUAACAGAUAUCCUCUUUGGGUCAACCGUCAACUUCACGUGUGAAGAAGGGCACCGGUUGAUUGGACAGCCUUAUAGACAAUGUGAGAUUUAUGGCACGCGUGUUGCAUGGAGUGGUGAAGUUCCCAUUUGCGAGCGUAUUCCGUGUCUUCCGCCUCCUGACAUCCCCAAUGGAAGACACACUGGAGUGAUAAUGGAUGUCUUCUCUUACGGAUCAGUUGUAACCUACAAAUGUGACAGUGGUUACCCACUCACUGGAGAGGCCUCUAUUCACUGUACAACCAAGGACGGGCUAAAUGGAGAGUGGAGUGCGCGUCCCCCUCGUUGUGGAGAGGUUAGAUGCCCAGCCCCGCAGAUCCGGAAUGGAAGAAGAGUAUCUGAUGACAGACAUGUCUAUUCGUAUAAAGACAAUGUUACCUUUGUGUGUGAUCCUGGCUACACCAUGAAGGGUGACAGUCUGAGUCAGUGCCAAACUGAUGACACGUGGGAUCCACCUUUGCCGGUCUGUGAGCUAGUGACAUGCGUAAGCCCAGAAGUGGAGAAUGGCAGAACAAAUGGGGUACAGCCUACCUACAGACCCAGAGACAUCGUUGUGUUUGAAUGCGACCCUGGUUACACCUUGAGCGGUAGCCCCGAGACUCGGUGCCAAGAUGAUGGUAGAUGGGAUCCUCCUGUCCCUGUCUGUGAAAGAAUGCCUCAGUGUCCCUCUCCUCCAGCCAUCGCCAACGGGAAGCCUAGCAUCCAGGCCUCGGCUGUGUUCAACAGUGGAACGUCUGUAAAUUACAGCUGUGAGCCCGGCUAUUCCCUUACUGGGCAGGCAUCUAUUUAUUGUACGGCAUCCGGAGUGUGGAGCCCUCCCCCUCCUCGGUGUGAAGAGGUUCUCUGCAUCGCCCCAGAAAUCCAGAAUGGAAGAAAGGUAGCUGGACAUGGACCUGUCUAUCGACACAGGGACACUGUUAGGUUUGAAUGUGAUCCUGGCUACACCCUGAUUGGCAGCCGUCAGAUUCAGUGCCAGGAUGAUAGAACCUGGGAUCCUCCUGUUCCAGUCUGCAUACAGGCGUUGCUGUGUCCCCCACCUCCGGUCAUUGUCAAAGGGAAGCACAAUGCCAAGCCACUGGCAGCUUUCCCCAGUGGAACAUAUGUGAACUACAGCUGUCAACCCAACUACGCCCUCCGUGGAGAGGCUUCGAUCUAUUGUACCACAUCUGGAACGUGGAGCCACCCUUCUCCUCUAUGUGAAGAGGGCUGUGGUGUCCCAACGAGGUUAAGCUUUGCUGAGCUGAAGAGCGAGUAUAAAAAUCAAUCUUCCUUUCCUGUUGGGAAGACUAUAAACUAUACUUGCCGGCCUGGAUACAGUAGACACCCGCGGAUGCAAUCCACUCUUACAUGCCUUGAAAAUCGAACGUGGUCAGAAGCAUUUGUGUUCUGUAAAAAGAAAUCAUGCGGUCAUCCAGGGGAGCCAGAGAAUGGCAGAGUUAUUGUAACAGAUGUCCUCUUUGGGUCAACCGUCAACUUCACAUGUGAAGAAGGGCACCGGUUGAUUGGACAGCCUUACAGACGAUGUGAGAUUUCUGGCACGCGCGUUGCAUGGAGUGGUGAUAUUCCCAUUUGUGAGCGUAUUCCGUGUCUUCCGCCUCCAGACAUCCCCAAUGGAAGACGCACAUUAAUGAAAAACUUCUUUUAUGGGUCAGCUGUAACCUACAAAUGUAACAGUGGUUACCCACUCAUUGGUGAAGCCUCUAUUCACUGCACAACUGAGGACGGGCUAAAUGGAGUGUGGAGUGCGCGUCCCCCUCGUUGUGGAGAGGUUAGAUGUCCAGCCCCACAGAUCCAGAAUGGAAGAAGAAUAUCUGGUGACAGACAUGUCUAUUCAUAUAAAGACAGUGUUACCUUUGAGUGCGAUCCCGGCUACACCAUGAAGGGUCACGGGUUGAGUGAGUGCCAAACUGAUGACACGUGGGAUCCACCUUUGCCGGUCUGUGAGCCAGCCACGUGCGUAAGCCCAGAAGUGGAGAAUGGCAGAACAAAUGGAGUACAGCCUGCCUACAGACCCAGAGACAUCGUUGUGUUUGAAUGUGACCCUGGUUACACCUUGAGCGGCAGCCCCAAGACUCAGUGCCAAGAUGAUGGUAGAUGGGAUCCUCCUGUCCCUGUCUGUGAAAGAAUGCUGCAGUGUCCCUCUCCUCCAGCCAUCACCAAUGGGAAGCCCAGUAGGCGGGACUUGGCAGUGUUCACCAGUGGAAUGUCUGUAAAUUACAGCUGUGAGCCCGGCUACUCCCUUACUGGACAGGCAUCUAUUUACUGUAUGGCAUCCGGAACGUGGAGCCCUCCCCCUCCUCAGUGUGAAGAGGUUCUCUGCAUCGCCCCAGAAAUCCAGAAUGGAAGAAAAGUUGCUGGACGUGGACCUGUCCAUAGACCCAGGGACACGGUUAGGUUUGAAUGUGAUCCUGGCUACACCCUGAAUGGCAGUCGUCAGAUUCAGUGCCAGGAUGAAGGAACCUGGGAUCCUCCUGUUCCAGUCUGCAUACAGGUGACAUGUGUAAGCCCAGAAGUGGGGAAUGGAAGAACAAAUGGGGUACAGCCUGCCUACAGACCCAGAGACAUUGUUGUGUUCAAAUGCAACCCUGGUUACACCUUGAGCGGCAGCCCCGAGACUCAGUGCCAAGAUGAUGGUAGAUGGGAUCCUCCUGUCCCUGUCUGUGAAAGAAUGCUGCAGUGUCCGUCUCCUCCAGCCGUCGCCAACGGGAAGCCCAGCAGCCAGGACUUGGCAGUGUUCACCAGUGGAAUGUCUGUAAAUUACAGCUGUGAGCCAGGCUACUCCCUUACUGGGCAGGCAUCUAUUUAUUGUACGGCAUCUGGAACAUGGAGCCCUCCCCUUCCUCGGUGUGAAGAGGUUCUCUGCAUCGCCCCAGAAAUCCAGAAUGGAAGAAAAGUUGCUGGACAUGGACCUGUCUAUAGACCCAUGGACAUGUUAAGGUUUGAAUGUGAUCCUGGCUACACCCUGAAUGGCAGCCAUCAGAUUCAGUGCCAAGAUGAAGGAACCUGGGAUCCUCCUGUUCCAGUCUGCAUACAGGCCAUGUGCAUAAGCCCAGAAGUGGAGAAUGGCAGAACAAAUGGGGUACAGCCUGCCUACAGACCCAGAGACAUCGCUGUGUUUGAAUGCAACCCUGGUUACACCUUGAGCGGCAGCCCCGAGACUCAGUGCCAAGAUGAUGGUAGAUGGGAUCCUCCUGUCCCUGUCUGUGAAAGAAUGCUGCAGUGUCCCUCUCCUCCAGCCAUCGCCAACGGGAAGCCCAGCGGCCAGGACUUGGCAGUGUUCACCAGUGGAAUGUCUGUAAAUUACAGCUGUGAGCCCGGCUACUUCCUUACUGGACAGGCAUCUAUUUAUUGUAUGGCAUCUGGAACGUGGAGCCCUCCCACUCCUCGGUGUGAAGAGGUUCUCUGCAUCGCCCCAGAAAUCCAGAAUGGAAGAACAGUAGCUGGACGUGGACCUGUCUAUCGACCCAGGGACACGGUUAGGUUUGAAUGUGAUCCUGGCUACAACCUGAAUGGCAGUCAUCAGAUUCAGUGCCGAGAUGAAGGAACCUGGGAUCCUCCUGUUCCAGUCUGCAUACAGGCGUUGCCAUGUCCCCCACCUCCAUUCAUUAUCAAAGGGAAGCACAAUGCCAAGCCAUUGGCAGCUUUCCCCAGUGGAACAUAUGUGAACUACAGCUGUGAACCUGGCUACACCCUCCAUGGAGAGGCUUCGAUCUAUUGUACCACAUCUGGAACUUGGAGCCAUCCUUCUCCUCUAUGUGAAGAUGGCUGUGGUGUCCCAAUGAGGUUAAGCUUUGCUGAGCUGAAGAGCGAGUAUAAAAAUCAGUCUUCCUUUCCUGUUGGGAAGACUAUAAACUAUACUUGCCGGCCUGGAUACAGCAGACAGCCGCAGAUACCACCCACGAUUACAUGCCUUCAAAAUCGAAUGUGGUCAGAAGCACUUGAGUUCUGUAAAAAGAAAUCAUGUGGUCAUCCAGGAGAGCCAGAGAACGGCAGAGUUAUUAUAACAGAUAUUCUCUUUGGGUCAACCGUCAGCUUCACGUGUGAAGAAGGGCACCGGUUGAUUGGAGAGCCUUACAGACGAUGUGAGAUUUCUGGCAUGCGUGUUGCAUGGAGUGGUGAAGUUCCCCUUUGUGAGAAGGUUAGAUGCCCAGCCCCGCAGAUCCGGAAUGGAAGAAGAAUAUCUGAUGACAGACAUGUCUAUUCGUAUAAAGACAAUGUUACCUUUGUGUGUGAUCCCGGCUACACCAUGAAGGGUCACAGUCUGAGUCAGUGCCAAACUGAUGACACGUGGGAUCCACCUUUGCCGGUCUGUGAGCCAGCCACGUGCUUAGGCCCAGAAGUGGAGAAUGGCAGAACAAAUGGGGUACAGCCUGCCUACAGACCCAGAGACCUCAUUGUGUUCGAAUGUGACCCUGGUUACACCUUGAGCGGCAGCCCCGAGACUCAGUGCCAAGAUGAUGGUAGAUGGGAUCCUCCUGUUCCUGUCUGUGAAAGAAUGCUGCAGUGUCCCUCUCCUCCAGCCAUCGCCAAUGGGAAGCCCAGCGACCAGGACUUGGCAGUGUUCAGCAGCGGAAUGUCUGUAAAUUACAGCUGUGAGCCCGGCUAUUCCCUUACUGGGCAGGCAUCUAUUUAUUGUACGGCAUCCGGAACUUGGAGCCCUCCCCCUCCUCGGUGUGAAGAAGUUCUCUGCAUUGCCCCAGAAAUCCAGAAUGGAAGAAAAGUAGCUGGACGUGGACCUGUCUAUAGACCCAGGGAUACUGUUAGGUUUGAAUGUGAUCCUGGCUACACCCUGAUUGGCAGCCAUCAGAUUCAGUGCCGAGAUGACAGAACCUGGGAUCUUCCUGUUCCGGUCUGCAUACAGGCGUUGCCGUGUCCCCCACCUCCAUUCAUUGUCAAAGGGAAGCACAAUGCCAAGCCAUUGGCAGCUUUCCCCAGUGGAACAUAUGUGAACUACAGCUGUGAACCUGGCUACGCCCUCCGUGGAGAGGCUUCGAUCUAUUGUACCACAUCUGGAACGUGGAGCCUCCCUUCUCCUCUAUGUGAAGGUUCCUAUAACUUCAUCUCAGUAGUGCUUGGGAUCGCAGGUGGUGUGCUGCUGCUUCUCCUGGUUACCAGAAUUAUGUGGAAGAUUAUGUCUAAGCAGAAUGCAGGCUAUUACUAUACACAUGAAAACAAGUACCAGAUACCUUUGGCCCACAUAACUGAAUAAAAAAAUUCAUUUGCACCAUAGCAGGCAGGAAACUGCUUCUCAUCAUGGUUGAGUAUUUUGCCUGGAGAACACGGAAGCAUUUCCUUCACCGUCUUUGUGGGUAAUUUACCUUGUUGCAACGAAGUUCCCUAGGGGAAAAUGCAAAGUCAUAACAUAUUGUGACGUUAUUACUGCAGCUGCUUCCAUUAGAUGCUUAUAGCAGUUUCGUUCAUUAAGAUCAACUUUACACAGCACCAGACUGUAGCUUUUAGGCCUCCUUCAUACCCUCCUGCUGUUUGUCCAUGUAAAUGUCUUGCAUGCAGACUUCUGAAAUGAACAAGAGAUGCUGCAGCAUCAAGGAUGCUUACUCCUCAGAUUAUGCUCUGGCCUUCUUUCCCUUUCAUGGAAAUUCGUGUUUCUGAGCAGUUGACUAAGCAAUCUGUCACCUGGAGGAGGAGAAGACACAAGGGCCGCUGAGCCUGCCUUGAUCAGAAACUGCAAGCACAGGACCCUGAACUUCCUCCUGAGUAUGCUUCGUUGACUGCCACAGCGGUUGUCUUGAAAAGUUUGGGAAGCUUGUGUGUGUGAGAAAGGAACCUUUAAUUUUGAGGGGUUCGUGGAUUUUAUAAGAGUGCUUCAUGACUGCCAACCCUGUAUCUUUUUAGUUUUACUUGCUCUUCAAAGACACAGCACUUAAUGUCCUUCACCUUUAUAGUAGAGACACAAUCAACUUUUACAACCCGUUGUAAUUUUUAACCCCUCUAAAAAUAAGACUAGGAUGAAAUUUUGUCUUCAAUGUUUAAUUUUUUCUUCUUGGAUCACUUACUUUAAAAUGACUUAAUAGGCAUGAAA